AUGGGAAAUAAGGGGUCAUCACGACGAAAUCCAAAAUCAAAAUUAUCAACUGCAAAUGUAAAAGAAAUAGUCCCCGAAACAAAAGAUUUCAAAUAUUAUUUUAAUAAUGAUGAUAAUAUUCAUCGACAACAUGAUCUUUACUUUUUGAAAAAACAUAUAUUUGAUUGCGGGAUUUCUUCUCCUAUUAAAGAAAAGUUAAUUACAGGUUGCAAGGUCUUGGAUCUUGGAUGCGGACCUGCCACCUUUUUAUUAGAUCUUGCUGUACAAUACCCAGAUAGUAAUUUCUUAGGGGUCGACAUCGAACCACUCUUUCCAAGUGAGAUCAAACCUAAAAAUUUGAAAUUUAAGAUAAUUGAUAUCCUCCAAAGACUACCAUUUCCCGAUAAUGAAUUUGAUCUCGUGCAUACAGCGGCGGUAUUAUAUUUACUCCCAUCGGAAAAAAUAGAUUUCCUUAUAAACGAAAUGAUUAGAAUAACUAAACCAAACGGGUACAUUGAAUUUUGUGAAUCCAUCCUCAACAACCAAUCUAAAGGCAUAGGGGAAAAAUUCGGUCACCUUUUACACGGAUACGGAUUGGUAUCGAAAUUGCAUAAAGCGGACAUAAAAGUAGUGGUAAAAUUGUCUCAAAUGUUAGCCGCAAAAUCCAAUGUUAACAAGAUCUCUGUUAAGGAUAAGUUGUUGGUCGUAGGCAAAAAUGGCGGAAAUUUGGGCAUAAUAAUGCAAGACAUACUUACUUGGUUUAAUAAUUCGAGCGAGUUAUUUGUCGUUGAUAUUUGCAAACAAUUAAAUUUAACGAAAAAGCAGUAUGAUCAGUUAGUAGUAGAUGCUUUUAAUGAAUUGAAUUUCACUUGUCCUAGAAUGACUUUACGUAGAGUUUUCGCGCAAAAAACACCAGGCUAA